CGGAGGGGACCGUUGGUUUCGGUGCUCUGCGUGCGGAACGGGACAGGGAGCGGCUGGGGCCGCGCGAGGAGCGGCGAUUCCGGGAAGCGGCGGGGGGGAGGUGGUCCGAAAGGGGCACCCGGUCCACCCUUUCUCAAGGCUUCCCGCUCCUCCCCACUCCGCACGGCGGGGCUUAAAGGGGCGCAGUGAAAAUGGGGAGCGGGACGAGGGACGUGAGGGGGCGCUUCCUUGGUCUGCUGCCCGGGACCCCGAUCUGGCCCCUUCUUCUGUCCCUUUUCUCACCUUGGUUGUCGCCCUGAGGCUAAAACUAGAGCCCGGGAGACCCAGGGCCUUCUGGAGCCAGAGACUGGUCGGGGAAAGGAGGAGACCGUUUGGAGAGCAAACAGAUGGCCAGAGGGUUGAGUGAUUGGAGCUCAGGUACCCCACCUGAGGGGUCACGAUCGGGUGGGGAGGAGAAGGAAGAAGUUGGAGGUAGGGAAAGGGGGAGGGGGCGGGGUUUUGUCACCUGUCACCUGCUUUGGCUGAGCCUGGGGCGGGCCAGGGACCGGUAUAAAGCAGCGGGCGCCUGCGACUGCCCCACCUCCGGCCCGGCUCCUUCCCGGGACUGUUCCGCCCCCUCCCCACCCUGCUGGCCUCCACCAUGACACCGGGCUUCCAGGCCCCUCUCCUCCUCCUGCUCCUGGCAUCCCUGCAGCUUCCAGCUGGCACUGCACAGUCUACUGAUACCUCAUCCUGGACCCCCAGCUCAGCCUCGAGCUCGACCACCGCCCGCGGACAACACAGCAGCUCGUCCUCGACCACCACCCCCAGACACGAUGGGGGCCCGACCUUGACCCCCAGCUCAGCCUCGAGCUCGACCACCGCCCCCGGACACCACAGCAGCUCAUCCUCGACCACCACCCCCAGACACCAUGGGGGCCCGACCUCGACCCCCAGCUCAGCCUCGAGCUCGACCACCACCCCCAGACACCAUGGGGGCCCGACCUCGACCCCCAGCUUAGCCUCGAGCUCGACCACCGCCCGCCGACACCACAGCAGCUCGUCCUUGACCACCACCCCCGGACACCACGGUGGCACAUCCCCAACCCACGUCCCGCCUGGCCACAGCGCCAGCACCGCUGCCAGCACCACUCACCGUGGCUCGGAACCUCCCACGUCCUCCAAUCGCAGCACUUCUCCCCAAUCUCUCAGGAUCUCCUUCUUCUUGCUGUCCUUUUCCAUUGAGAACCGUCAGUUUAACUCUUCUCUGGAAGAUCCCAGUUCCAGCUACUACCAGGAGCUGCAGAGGAACAUUUCUGAGUUGUUUUGGCAGAUUUAUAAAAAGGAAGGUUUUCUGGGCCUCUCUAAUAUCAAAUUCAGAGCAGGAUCGGUGGUGGUCGAAUCGAACCUGGCCUUCCGAAAGGGCGCCACUGAUGCCCGCAGCGUGCAGACACAGUUGGAAGAGAACAAAAAAGAAUUUGCCGCAUAUCACCUGUCCAUCUCGAAUGUCAGGGCACAAGAUGUGUCGCUCCUUUCCUCCGGCCAGUCCGGGUCUGGGGUACCUGGCUGGGGCAUUGCUCUGCUGGUGCUGGUCUGUGUCCUGGUGGCACUCGCCAUCAUCUGUGUCAUUGCUCUGACGGUGUGUCAGUGCUGCCGAAAGAACUGUGGGCAGCUGGACAUCUUUCCAGCCCGCGACGCCUAUCACCCUAUGAGCGAGUACCCCACCUACCACACCCAUGGGCGCUACGUGCCUCCAGGCAGCAGACCCAGCCCCUAUGAGGAGGUCUCUGCAGGCAACGGGGGCAGUGGCUUCUCGUAUGUGAACCCGAGCACAUCAGCCACUUCCGGCAACCUGUAG